UCCUCCUGUGCUCUGUUCUCUCCAGCACUUCCCAUCACCCUCCGUGCCCGGACCUCUUGCUCCACCAGGAACAAGCCGUCAUGUCUCGCCAAUCGAGCGUGUCUUUUCGGAGCGGGGGCAGCCGGAGCUUCAGCGCCGCCUCAGCCAUCACCCCGGGCAUCUCCCGCACCAGUUUCAGCUCUGUGUCCCGGUCUGGGGGUGGCGGUGGUGGCUUUGGCAGGGUCAGCACUGGUGGAGCAGGUGGCUUUGGCAGCCGGAGCCUCUACAACGUGGGGGGCUCCAGGAAGAUCGCCAUCAGUGCUAGUGGCGGUGGCUUCAGGAACCGAUUUGCUGCUGGUGCUGGAGGCGGCUAUGGCUUUGGAGGUGGAGCCGGGAGCGGAUUUGGUUUUGGCGGUGGAGCUGGUGGUGGCUUUGGGCUCGGUGGCGGAGCUGGCUUUGGAGGUGGCUAUGGCGGCUCUGGCUUCCCCGUCUGCCCCCCUGGAGGCAUCCAAGAGGUCACCGUCAACCAGAGCCUCUUGACUCCCCUCAAUCUGCAAAUCGACCCCACCAUCCAGCGGGUGAGGACUGAGGAGAGGGAGCAGAUCAAGACCCUCAACAACAAGUUUGCCUCCUUCAUCGACAAGGUGCGCUUCCUGGAGCAGCAGAACAAAGUUCUGGACACCAAGUGGACCCUGCUCCAGGAGCAGGGCACCAAGACCAUAAGGCAGAACCUGGAUCCUCUGUUUGAGCAGUACAUCAAUAACCUCAGGAGGCAGCUGGACUCCAUCCUCGGGGAGAGAGGCCGCCUGGACGCGGAGCUGAGGAACAUGCAGGACUUGGUGGAGGACUUCAAGAACAAGUACGAAGAUGAAAUCAACAAGCGAACCACCGCUGAGAAUGAGUUUGUGAUGCUGAAGAAGGACGUGGACGCUGCUUACAUGAACAAGGUAGAGUUGGAGGCCAAGGCUGAUGCGCUGAUGGAUGAGAUCAACUUCCUGAAGAUAUUCUUUGAGGCGGAGCUGUCUCAGAUGCAGACCCACAUCUCGGACACAUCCGUGGUCCUCUCCAUGGACAACAACCGCUCCCUGGACCUGGACAGCAUCAUCGCCGAGGUCAAGGCCCAGUACGAGGACAUUGCCAACCGCAGCCGGACGGAAGCCGAGAGCUGGUACCAGACCAAGUAUGAGGAGCUGCAGCAGACAGCUGGGCGGCAUGGCGAUGACCUGCGCAACACCAAGCACGAGAUUUCUGAGAUGAACCGCAUGAUCCAGAGGCUGAGAGCCGAGAUUGACAAUGUCAAGAAGCAGUGCGCCAACCUGCAGUCAGCCAUCGCUGAGGCCGAACAGCGAGGGGAGCUGGCCCUCAAGGAUGCCAGGAACAAGCUGGCAGAGCUGGAGGAUGCCCUGCAGAAGGCCAAACAGGACAUGGCCCGACUGCUGAAAGAGUACCAGGAGCUGAUGAACACCAAGCUGGCCCUGGACGUGGAGAUCGCCACCUACCGCAAGCUGCUGGAGGGCGAGGAGUGCAGACUGACUGGAGAAGGAGUUGGACCAGUCAACAUCUCUGUUGUCACAAACAGUAUCUCCUCUGCCUAUGGUGGAGGCGGUGGCCUUGGCGGUAGCGUUGGUGGUCCUCUUGGCGGUGCUCUUAGCGGAGGUCUCAUCAGUGGUCUUGGAGCCAGCAGCGGGGGUUACUACUCCAGCAGCAGUGGGGGCAUUGGCCUAAGUGGUGGGCUCGGCGCUGGGGGCUCUGGCUUCAGUGCGGGCAGUGGCCGAGGCACAGGAGUGGGCUUUGGCACUGGCGGAGGCAGCAGCUCCAGCGUCAAAUUUGUCUCCACCACCUCCUCCACCCGGAAGAGCUUCAAGAGCUAAGAGCCCUACACCAAGUCACUGCCUCCCAAGUGGAGCUACCAGCCCAUGGUGACUGCCUCUUAGGCAGAUGCCUCAACCAAGUUUUUUCUUUUUCUGGAGUGUAGUCUAGACCAGGUCUAUUGCACAACCACAUUCUCUGGGUCCACUCAAAUGUCCAAUCUUCAGUUUCUAGUCUCCCAUGUCACAAUUCUUUGUUCUGCUUCAAAUCAGCCUUCAGGUCCUAUAGCAUGGACCUUGUUGACAGAAGAAUCCAAAGUUUUCCAAGGUCUAAACAAUCAAAACAGAAUCCCCACCCCAACCCCACAGUUUGUUCUGGUUCUGAUUUACCUCCAGAGU